AUCGCAAAAAUACCUUUCCUCAUUUUGGAAAAGAGCUGAUAUACUUCAAACUGAUGGAUCGAAUUCUAUGAAAUACUUAUAGUUAAGAAACACCCUAAAAACCUCGUUUUAUAUUUAAAAAACGCAUCGAAAUUGUCCCAUUCAUUCAAUGCUACGAUGCCACUGACCGACAUUGGAGUCAAACAUAGAUGGUGGCGGAUAGAGACUCCGAGAAAACCGACAGGGACCUCGCAGAUCAGUAUGGCUACAAAAAGGAUUUUCGGACAGCAAUCCCGCAGUUCCUAGCAGUCAGCGUCAAGAACUUGUUAUUACUUGGUUAUGGCAUGACACUCGGUUUCCCGACAAUUCUCAUACCUGCAGUGAGCCAACCAAUAGAAGAAGAACAAUUAAGUCUAUACCCGUCACAAGUGGCUUGGAUUAGUUCAAUCAACUUAAUAGUGGUCCCAUUGGGCUGCGCGUUGUCCGGCGCGGUGACCGCUCCGAUGGGCCGGCGGCGCGCGAUGCAGUUUGUGAACCUGCCCUUCUUCGUGGCUUGGCUGAUGUUUCAUUUUUCCACCACUCCUGCGCAUUUAUAUGGAGCUCUCUUCCUCACUGGGUUGGCGGGAGGACUUCUUGAAGCUCCGGUGUUAACAUACGUGGCUGAGAUAACACAGCCGCACCUCCGGGGAGCGUUCACCGCCACCAGCUCGAUGUGCAUCAUCAUUGGCGUGUUCACGCAGUUCCUCUUCGGCCUGUUUAUGUACUGGCGCACCGUGGCACUGGUUAACAUCAUAUUCACGAUCCUCGCGGUGAUUGCCCUGUUCUUCGUACCCGAGUCUCCGCACUGGCUUGUAUCGCGGAAACGAUAUGAUGAAGCGAAGUCGAGCCUGCAAUGGCUUCGUGGCUGGACACACUCCAGUGCCGUAGAGAAGGAACUACGAGACAUCCAGGCAUUAUAUAAAAACAAAAAAGUGCAAUCAGAGGACUCGGAUGAAACUAUUAGAGAAAAAUUAUCGUAUUACCUGGAGAGAACAUUUUUGAUUCCAUUCUUUCUCGUUAGUUACUGCUUCUUCAUUGGGCAUUUCAGCGGCAUGACUACGUUACAGACAUACGCGGUGUCCAUAUUCCAGAUGUUGGAGGCUCCAAUAGACAAGUACUAUGCCACGCUAAUCCUGGGCAUCGUGCAGAUAUUAGGCUCUAGCGCGUGCGUAGCGCUGGUGCAUUACACGGGGAAACGUCCCUUAGCUGUAUUCUCCACGGCGGGUGCGGGGAUCUGUUGCGUACUCGUUGCGGCAUAUGACGGUUACAUACAAAUGCAUAGUGUCCCGGAGGAAUCUAUUACUGACACUGAUAUGAGCGGAACUCUCAACAGUGACAUAGCAAGAAGUAUAAUGUCGGGCUACUCUUGGAUCCCUACAAGCCUCCUUUUGAUGCUCGCCUUCAUCACGCACACGGGGAUCAGGUUACUGCCAUGGAUUCUUAUUGGUGAGGUGUUCAGCGCAAAGACGCGAUCAGGAGGCGCCGGCCUCGCCAGUGGCGCGGGUUACAUCUUCGGUUUCCUAACCAACAGGUUAUAUGUUGCCUUAUUGGACAACAUAUCAAUCCGUGGCACGUAUGGGCUCUAUGGUGCAGUAAGCUUAACUGGGUGUUUGGUAUUGUAUUUUAUUCUGCCGGAAACUGAAGGGAAAGAGUUGGGUGAUAUAGAAAAUCACUUUGCAGGAAUUAAAAAGCUCGGCAACGAAGUCUAUAGACCUCCGAAAAAAACGAAGGAAGUGACAAUGACUCAUCUCAAAGGUGCCAGCAAUCCAACUUUUGAGGGCGAUGAUACGCAUAUGUAAUAAUUAUAAUACAUAGGUCACUAGAUAAGUUUUGCAAUAGACACGUAUGAAACAAAGAGGUCACAUAUAUCUUUUUAGACUAUAUUUCCAUAGACAAUGUUUCUCUGGAUUUAGACUUUGAAAAAGUUGGCGCGGGCUAAAGACGAUUUACGUAUAUUUUAUACUCAGAUCAUUCUUAUAUCUAUGAUUUUAUACAACAAUUUCAUUACAUAAAAAUUUUAGAUUUUUUAAUAAUUAAAUUUAAAAAGAAAGUAAAUGUUUUCCGGCCAAACAUUGUCUAAGGAAAUAUAGUUUUUAAAAGUAUAGUUUCAUAUUUAUCUAAUGCAAAACUUUUCUAGUGACCUAUGUAUAUUCGUUGUAUAGAUUAAUUUCAUUGAGAUUACAGAUAUGUAAGCCUCA